AUGGAGCCCACCACACUGCAGCCAGAGGCAACUUCGUGGCCUGAGAACAGCACCCUGUUAAACUCUCUCACAUCCACGGAAUUCCUCACCGUGCGCACCAUCGUGCCCCCUUACAUCAUCGCCGUAACCGCGCUGGGCCUCCCUUUGAACGCCUUCGUCCUCUGCGUGUUCCUUUCGCACAAGGAUCGUCUGACGGUGGCCGAGAUCUACCUGGGUAACCUGGCGCUGGCUGACUUUGCCCUCCUGUGCGGUCUCCCCUUUUGGGCCGCCAACAUCCUCAAUAGUUUCAACUGGCCGUACGGCGACGCCUUAUGCAAGAUGGUCAACAUGGUCAUGACGGUGAACCUCUACACCAGUGUCUACACGCUGGUCAUGAUCAGCGUGGACCGCUACCUGGCUAUCGUGAGGACCAUGAAAGCGAGGUGGCUCCGACGGACGCGGUACGCUAAGAUCAUAUGCGUGUUCCUCUGGAUUUUGGGGCUAACGCUCAGCACACCAAGCAUUCUCCACAGAAAGACGAUAGACUUUGAAGAAUUCCAGAUGACAGCCUGCAUGUUGGACUACAGCCACGGUAGCUCGUGGAAGUUAGCCAACCAGGUUCUGUUGAAUGCCAUCGGCUUUGCUGUCCCCGCUCUGGUGAUUGUCUCCUGCAGCGUGGCUAUCGUCAAGACUUUGCGACAGAGAAAGGAGAACGUAGGUCUCAAGGAUGUUAAUGACACCAAAGCGUCGUUUCUAUUGUACGCCGUCACUCUGCUAUUCAUCCUUUGCUGGGGGCCCUAUCAAGUGUUCACCUUCCUUGACACGCUCUGUGACAUCCACGUGCUGGAUGUCACAAGGUGGUCCCACACUCUGGAUAUCGGGGGGCAGGUCUCGGCCUACCUCGGAGUCCUCAACAGCGCUCUCAACCCUGUUCUCUACGUCCUCUCCGGGCAGUACUUCAGGAAGAAAGUUAGGGCCAUCUAUAGAAGGGCUCUGAACAAUCGCAGGGGAUCGGACAUAACCACCUAUCAGCGCUCUGUCGUGUCCACUUACAUUCAAAGACCAGAGCAGAUUAAGCCUGUGGUGAUUUAGGAUGAUAAUCAUCUCACCAAAAUCAUCAAAGUAUGACAACCACAAUUGUCAAAAUAUAGACAAAUAUUUUGGACCAGAAUGAACAUAUUUACAGGAUAAAGAAACAUUGCACUACGGUACAUGUAGUGCAAUGUAGCACUUUGGCCACAAGGGGUCACUGUUGAUUCCGGCAGAACUCACAACGCAGAAAAACAAAAGAUUACCCUGAACAUCUAUCUUGAUUCUUGAAGUGGGUGAAAUGCAAAUGUACUUUUUAGAAGUGUGAUGGGUUCCAGGACAUUUCAAGUGGUAUAGGACACGUGAUAUUUAGAAACAUUCGGCCAGCAUAGAGCCCAAAGAGUUAAUGCUAUUUUUGUUUUAUACCUGGAUGUAAACAAGCAUGAUUUAUUCCCUCGACACUACACGCAUGACACUUGCUAAUGAGAAAAAGGCCUGAUGAGGUGCAUGUGCAAUGCCAUGUGAGUGCUUCUCCUCCCUCCAUCCCUUUUUCCAUCUAUCCAUCCAUCCAUUCGUUUCACAUAAUGCGUUUCAUCUCAAUAACGGCAAAAAA